AUGGGUGAAGUAGGCAUCACAAACUCGGCCCUCCGUCAACGGGUGAUGGACAAGGUGCAAGACACAGACACAGACACAGACACAGACACAGACAAAUAUGGAAUCCCACCAGCGACAUGGACAAGAGCUCAGCCGGGGAUCAACAAUGGCUUCCCACAAGCCGUGGCCCACCGAGGCUAUAAAGCCAGCUUCCCCGAGAACACGAUGGGGGCCUUCCGCGGUGCCGUCGAGGUCGGCGCCCAUGCCAUCGAGACAGACGUCCAUCUGUCGAAGGACGGAAUAGUGGUGAUAGCUCAUGACAAAGACCUCAAGCGUUGCUACGGCGUGGACAAGGCAGUCCGCGACUGCGACUGGGAGUACCUCAGCACGCUGAAGACGCUCAAGGAGCCCCGGCAGAACAUGUGCCGGCUGAUCGACCUUCUCGAGUACCUGGCCGAGCCCGGGAACGAGUCGAUCUGGGUGCUAUUAGACAUCAAGAUCGAUGAUGCGCCGCGGGAGAUGAUUCCGAGGAUCGCGGCGACCAUUGCCGAGGCGCCGCAAGGGAAGUGGGAGAAGAGGAUCGUCCUUGGUUGCUGGCGGGCGGAGCACCUCCGGCUCUGCCAUGAGCUUCUCCCAGACUUCGCCAUCACCUAUAUUGGUCUUUCCCUCAUACUAGCCAGGGAAUACAUGAAGAUUCCCAACGUAGCCAUCAACAUGCGCCAAGAAUCGCUCUUCGGCCUCGGUGGACGGUCGUUCAGGGAGCGCUGCCGGGCCGAAGGGCGGCCCCUGUACGCAUGGACCGUCAACAAGGAAUCGUGGAUGGAGUGGUGUAUAAGCAGUAAGGUGGACUGUGUCAUCACAGACGACCCGAAGCUAUACCUUGAGGUGUGCGACCGCCGUCGUAAGGAGGAGAAGCAGGCCGGCCCCGGCAGAGCAGGGAAGGUCAAGGCCGUGGUGACCAAGCCGCGCGACCUCGUGCUCAGCGUCUUCUACCUGGUCAUGAUCAGAGGGCUCAUGCGCGUUUUCGGGGCCUACAAGCGGCUCGGGUACCCGGAGGAGAUCCGAGCAGAACUGCAGCCCCUGACGUGA